CCCACCCCCGACAGCCAACCUUUGUCCAGAUAAAUCCGACAAGAUGGUCAAGAAGCGUGCGAGCAACGGUCGUAACAAGAACGGCCGCGGCCACGUCAAGCCCGUGCGCUGCUCCAACUGCGCCCGCUGCGUCCCCAAGGACAAGGCGAUCAAGAGAUUCACUAUCCGCAACAUGGUUGAGUCCGCUGCCAUCCGUGAUAUCUCUGACGCCUCCGUUUUCACCGACUACGCCGUCCCCAAGAUGUACCUGAAGUUGCAUUACUGUGUCUCCUGCGCUAUCCACGGCAAGAUCGUUCGUGUCCGCUCUCGGGAAGGCCGCCGCAACCGUGCUCCCCCGCCGAGGAUCAGGUACAACAAGGAUGGCAAGAAGCUGAGCCCCCCUCAGGCCGCUAAGGCUAUGUAAGGAAAGGACACGAAAAAAAGAAAUAAAUGGAUUUAGGCUGUCAAUUUCUAUUUUGUGUUUCCUAAAAUAAACUUCUCUUGCAUGGUUCCAAUGGACAAAAAUCGGGGUUUCUGUGCUCUUGGGGGUUUUGCAACAGGCGUCGUCCGCGCGAUGAUUUAAUGGUUUGCCGUGGGACAGGAGUCGACGACAAUAAUACUCAAAAGAGAAUGAAUUGAAAAAAAUUAUGAUAUCGGCUUGUCCAUGGUCUUGGGAUUGAUUACGGGAAGAACCGAGACUGGAAGGGAAAUGUUUCUCCCUAGAUCUCUCCAACCCUAGGUACAGACUACCACAAUUGAGGGCAACGAAUUAUGCCUCUACGUUUCUUUCUC